GUCAUCCACCGUCUCGCUGUCGCCCCUGACGUCGCCGAUUUCUCCAAAGAUUUGGGUGGGUAGCUAAUGUCCGAAAAUGCAUCGAGCUCGUCCAUACAUCCGGCAUUCGGCCAUAUUCGUCCAUACCCAAGUUCCUACAUACACAUUCAGCUAGUACGAAUUGCAAUCCAUAAUGUCUGCCAGUCAGGUUUUCAAGGGCCAACCGGCCCAGCAAGUCAAAUCUUUGUACCGCCAGCUCCUUAGGCAAAGCAACCAGUUCCCAGCCUACAACUUUCGCGAGUACGCCCGGAGGAGGACGCGCGAUGCGUUCCGCGACAGCAAGGACGUCAAGGACACGGGGCGGAUCGAGGAGCUGUAUCAGCAGGGCCUGAAGGACCUUCAGAUCAUGAAGAGGCAAACGGUUAUGGGGCAGUUCUAUCAGCUUGACAGACUGGUCAUUGAGAACGGCAUCUCGGGCAAGGAGACAGGUGAUGGAAACGAGAUAGUCCGAGAGAAGCCUCAAGGCUUGGUAUAAUCGACUUUUUUUUCAUUCUCUCUCUUUUGCAUAUCAACGCCAGCAGCACUGGGGGCAGGACCAAAGCCGACAAACCGCCGUAUUUAUUGACAGCAAGGAAGGGUUAGAAGCACGGUACAGUGCUGAUGAGACACUGCUCGAGAUGGGCAGGGCUUUUUAAAGGCUCUACAGGCCGCUUAGGUGUUGGACGAUUAUUCGAAGCAUUGCAUGCCGAGAUGUCAAGACUUUUCGACCUUUGCAUUUGCAGUUCAGGUCGUAUGUACUAUAAUGUGUCCAAACAGAUUCAGAAACACAGCUCCUUCCACAUUGGCGACUAUUCAACUCGCAAGGGAAUCUCAAUGACACAGAUAUCGCAUUAUUGUCCGAUA